AUGUCAAACGUAUCCCCAGUUAUUUUAAUCCUGGGCGCUGGGCCUAAUGUUGGGCAACAUGUAGCCGACGAAUUCUCUGCCAAUGGCUACAAGACUGCACUUGUGUCUAGAAAUGUGACCGGAAAAAAUAAUGAAAAUCAAAUCAACAUCGCAGCGGAUUUGUCGGACCCGGACUCUGUACCUGGAAUUUUCUCAAAGGUCGAAGCAGCGCUCGGUGUUCCAAGCGUUGUUGUUUACAAUGCCGCUGCCUUGACUAUAACUGAUGUCGAAGACCCGCUCUCGAUAUCUAUCAGCGAUUUCAACCGGGACCUUGUCAUCAAUACAACGAGUGCCUUGGCAGCUGCAAAAUAUGCAGCUUCAGGAUUUGAACGAGUUCCAGAGUCUGCAUCGAAAACUUUUAUAUACACCGGAAACGUCUUAAAUACUACAGCCAUUGCCCCAUUUCUCAGUCUGGGGGUUGGUAAAUCUGCCUCCGCUCACUUUAUCCAAGUCGCAGCAGAAGCUUAUGUCGGUCGGGGAUAUCAGUUCUACUAUGCAGAUGAAAGAAAAGCCGAUGGUUCAAAUGUUGGCCGAGGAAUUAGCGGAGAUGCCCACGCCAAAUUUUAUUUUCAGCUUUCUGAACUAGGAUUACAGGGACCUUGGCAUCAGACAUUCGUUAAGGAUGUCGGGUAUAAGAAAUUUUAG